UCAUCGGUCUGGCUUUCACCGCGUGCGUGUUUCUCCACCACAUUGUCAAACUUUGCCAAUGCUGCUCUAGCAUCACUUGACAACAGCAGGGCGUCACUAUCGGUCAAUGACCUGUCGAUGUCAAGAAAUCCAAUGAAGGACCUCCGCCCCUUUGAAACAAACUCAUCACCAUAUACCUUCACCCCUUCAAUAAUCCGGUGUCCGACCCUGAAAACACCAGUAGGAAUAGAUGGGUUAUCAGGAACGAUAUCUGGAUCCAACUGUGGAAUCAGGCCGUCAUGAACAUGGGGAGAAAAGUCAUCGGCGAUGAGACGACGGAUAGUGAUGUAGAGGAAAUCAUCAAUCGUUCCGAGGGAUUCCCGCGAAUGAUCCGCUGGCCGAGGAGCAUGCACAGGGAUG